UGAAGUCAGGCAAGGACAGAGUGAAGCUUAAUAAUUUGUGUAGUUGGGUAAAUUCACAGCUAACCACUAUAAAACAGCAACAUGCAAACAGCCGGAGCAACCCAAAUAAAAGCGAGCUUGGGGAAGGACCAACAAGCUCCCUGCAGUCAACAUGUUUGAAUCGCAAUAACUAGAAAGGCUGGCGCAGAAUGUAGCUUCCAACACCAGGGACUGUGUUUACUUCGACAGAUUACAACAAAUAGAAAACCGCGUCUACAUGCCACAGGAUAUCAUAAAAGUCACUCUGCAGUAUGUAGCUCGUCGAUCGACCUACAGCGCCUGGAGGAGGAACAGCUUGCAAGUGCAGAAGAGGAAGGAAAUACAAGUUAAGAUGGUCGACACCAGGCCGUCUUUCUUAAACUGUGAGAUUUGCAAAGAUGACCACAUAAGGAAGAAUUGCCUGGUCGUUCAGGAGGCCUUGUACAUUUAAAAAUGUCCUCAAGGAAAGAGUAGGUGACAUUUCAGCUGGGCCAGUCAGGAUGUAUUUAUUGCUGUAGUCAGUAGGUGUUGCAGUACGGGCGGCUUGUUUAUAUCACUGCCACUGCCUCCAAUACAAGCGCCUGGGUUUGCUGAGAAGGAUCGGGAUUAGGAGCGGAAGGCCCCAGGCACAGCCAUGGAGCCAGGUUUUCAGAGCGAGCGAGCCCAGUUGCCCAGAAAUAUGAUUGAAAAUAGCAUGUUUGAAGAGGAGCCUGAUAUAGUUGACUUGGCCAAAGAGCCACGCCUUCAUCCCCUGGAACCUGAUGAAGUUGAAUAUGAGCCCCAUAGUUCACGGUUGUUGGUGCGUGGUUUGGGAGAACAUGACCUGGAGGAUGAUGAAGAAGACUAUGAAUCUUCUGCAAGGUUGUUGGGCAUGUCAUUCAUGAACAGGAGUUCCAAUCACCGCAAUAACAUGUCCGGGGCUUAUAACCGGGAAGCAUCAGGGGGACCUUGUUCCUUUUCUUCUGCUCGGACUGUACUUAUUGGAGCAUUUGUUGUGGUGAUUAUACUUUCAAUAGCGAUGGUUGUCUACUUUUUGCCAAAAUGUACCUUCACCAAAGAAGGCUGCCAUAAAAAGAACACAACUUUAACACUCAUACAUCCUUUGGCAACCAAUGGCCAGGUAUUUCCUUGGCCAAAGAUGAGAUUACCUAAUGCUGUUGUCCCAGUGCAUUAUGCUCUUACUUUGCAUCCCAAUCUCACCACCAUGAAAUUCACAGGUUCUGUGCAAAUAACCCUCCUGGCCAAGGAGGAUACCAAUAACAUCACUCUCCACAGCUAUGGUCUCAAAAUCAGCAAUGCAACCAUUGUUCCAAAGGCAUCGAAUCAAGCAAAGGAUAUCCAGGUUUUGGAAUACUUACCACAUCAACAAAUUGCAAUUAAAGUUAAUCCAGCACUAUUGAAUGGAAAAAAGUACACAUUGAAUCUGGAAUUUGCAGCAAAUUUAUCUGAUGGUUUUUCUGGAUUUUAUAAAAGCAGCUAUCAAAAUAAAAACAAGACCAGAAUAUUGGCCGCCACACAGUUUGAGCCAUCUUCAGCACGAAAGGCUUUCCCAUGCUUUGAUGAACCAGCUUUUAAGGCAACAUUUACGAUCAAGAUAAUCAGGGAUGCUGAACACAUCUCAUUAUCCAACAUGCAGAAGGAUGCUACAACAUCACUUGACAAUGGACUGUUUCAAGACACAUUUGCAGAAAGUUUAAACAUGAGCACUUACCUGGUGGCAUUUAUUGUGGCUGAAUUGAAGAAUGUCAGCCAGUUCACUGAAAGUGGAACUCUGGUAUCCAUAUAUGCUGUUCCUGACAAGAUGGAUCAAAUGUAUUAUGCAUUAGAAGCAUCAGUGAAGCUUCUGAAGUUUUAUGAAGACUUUUUUAAUAUAUCCUAUCCCUUAACGAAACUGGAUUUGGUAGCUAUCCCUGAUUUUGAAGCAGGAGCCAUGGAAAAUUGGGGUCUAAUCACUUUCCGAGAAAUAGCACUCCUUUACAAAGAAGAGACUGCAUCAAUACUGGACAAACAGAUAGUCACUAUGGUGAUUGCUCAUGAAUUGGCUCAUCAGUGGUUUGGCAACCUGGUGACUAUGGAAUGGUGGAAUGACCUUUGGUUAAAUGAAGGAUUUGCCACCUUUAUGGAAUUCUUUUCACUUGAAAAAAUAUUCCCUGAACUCGAAGUGGCUGAUCACUUUUUACGUACUCGAUUUGAAGCAAUGGAAAAGGACUCAGUGAAUUCCUCCCAUCCUGUCUCUACUCCAGUUGAAACUGCUGAACAAAUUGAGGAAAUGUUUGAUUCAAUUUCAUAUGAAAAGGGGGCUUCCAUCCUUUUGAUGUUGAAGGACUAUCUUGGUGAAACAGUUUUCCAGCAAGGAAUUAUGAGAUACUUAAAUGAACAUAAGUAUCAGAACACAAAAAAUGAAGACUUGUGGAACAGUAUUAUGAAAGUUAAAAAUGUAGAUUUCAAUGUGAAAGAAAUGAUGAAAACUUGGACACUGCAGACAGGGCUCCCUGUCGUCACUGUUAAAUUAGACAAAACUGGUAAUAAAAUUCACCUCAGUCAAGAACGUUUCCUCAGGAUCUCCAUUUCACAGGAUCCAUCAUCCUCACCCAAUUCCAGUCACCUGUGGCACAUUCCAUUGACGUACAUGACCAGCAGUUGCAGCAAUUAUGGCCAACCCAAGUGUAUCAAAACAUGGCUUCUCAAGAACAAAACAGACAUCAUUGACCUUAAAGAACCGAAUGUGACCUGGGUGAAGUUUAACAUUAAUAUGAAUGGCUAUUACAUCGUACAUUAUGAAGAAGAUAUCUUGAUGGAAUUACUUGGAUUAUUACAAAAUAAUCAUUUAGCUCUCAGUGACCAGGACCGAGCUGGUUUCAUUAAUAAUGUAUUUGUACUUGCAAGUACAGGGAAAAUUUCAGUGCGGCAGGCAUUGUCCAUAACCAAGUAUAUGAAGAAUGAAAGCAGUAAUGCACCAAUAUCUGAAGCAUUGCUUCAACUCCGCAGUAUCUACUGGCUUGUACAAAAGAGGGGAAUGCUGCAACUUGCUGAUCGAAUGGAGAAAUAUAUUUUCACGAUUUUUGGAGACCUGAUUAAUCAUCAGAUCUGGAGUAACAACGGAUCAUUGUCUGAAAGGCAACUUCGUGCCACUCUUCUCAGUGUUGCUUGUGACUACAGCUAUGGCACCUGUGUCCAAAAUGCAAGUGACCUGUUUAACAGUUGGGAGAGCUCCAAAAAUCUGAGUGUCUUACCAUCUGAUCUCACAAUGACGAUCUACACUGCUGGAGCACGUGAUGACAAGGGCUGGACAUUCCUACACCAGAUGUAUAAUACUUUGCAGACGGAGGCAGAGAAAAGCAAAAUGCUACAAGCCAUGGCAAAAAGCAGCAAUCCUCGAGAGCUGAUUGGGUUAAUGCAAGAAAGCCUGCAACAUGAAACAAUAAGGGCACAGGAACUACCUUCCAUUCUUGCUACUGCCAGCAAAACCUUGGUUGGAUGUCUCUUUGCUUGGGAUUUUGUAAAGGAAAAUUGGGAUAAUAUAGUUAAGAAGUAG